UUUGUCACCCAGUAAUGCAGAUUCAGAUUCAGAGACGGAUUCAGGUUCCUCGUCUGACUCCGACAGUGAACGUGAGAGGGAAGAAAGGAGAAAGAGAAGGCAGCAGAUUUUGGCAGAGAAAGCAGCAGCAAAAGCCAUUGAGGCUAUCAAACAGCAUGAGAAUAAUGUUGCCAAACUGGAGGGUGAGAAACAGAGUUUGGAGAAAAUACUUGAAGAACGGGCAAAACAACAAGUGCUUGAGGCAUCAGAAUUGCAGACAACAACGAUGGAAACUAUGGAAGCUGUUGAACUAGAAAAGCAAAAGCAUAAUAACACUAGAAUGGAAGCCUUAGCUCGUUUGGCUAAACUUGAGACUACAAAUGCUGAUCUUGCAAGGUCCCUUGCAUCUGUUCAGAAAGAUCUGAAGUGGAGGUAUAUGAGAAACUGGAUCUUCCCUAGACCAAUCGGAUUUCAGCUCUUCGUCGACAUAUUGAGUUAAAAGAGUUCACUCAAGAAGAACUGAGAAGGAAAAUUUCAAAUACUCAUCAGAGCAGCAAAAAUGUGGCAGCUUCAAAAGGAGUUGAACUUGAAAGGGAAAUACUUGAGGCUGAGAAUUCAUUUUUAACAGAUAAAGUUGGGAGGUUGCAGGAGAAGGCGAUGACACUUGAAAAAAGUAUUGAAUCGACAAAAAGGGAACUAGAGCAUCCAACUGAAGUGGAAGUUGAGCUGAAGCGAAGGCUUAGUCAGUUGACUGAUCAUUUGAUUCAGAAACAAGCCCAGGCGGAGGCACUCUCCUCUGAGAAGGCCAUGCUGCUUUUCAGGAUUGAGGCUGUUUCGAAGUCGCUGAAUGAUAAGAAAUCCAUGGUUGACUCUUCUGAUAUCCCAAGCACCUCCUCAUCCAGGGGGGAUUUAGAAUCAGGAGUAUGGGAGCUACCAAAUUCGAAGUUAAGACCUCUGUUUCAGGAGAGACUUCGAUCAGGCAAGCGACAUCUGGGAUCAUUGGUUCAACAGUUGGAUUCAAUCUAUUGCGCAGGUGCUGUAUUUUUGAGAAGAAACUUCGCAGCAAGAAUAUCGUCUUUCAUAUACCUUGCAUGCCUUCAUCUUUGGGUCAUUUAUAUCUUACUGUCACACUCCCCACCCUCAAAUGAGGCCAGCUCCGGUGCCGUUGUUUCGCUGGAGAAUAUGAAUAAAACUGGAGGUGUCUGAUUCGAUUAGUUGUUUGCAUUCCUUGAUUGUCACCUUUGUGCAAGGCAAUUUUUUAAAUACUGAAUGCACGUGUAUAGAAAUGUAAUCAAUUAUCCAAAUAUAUUUCAGUCCAUACUUCCAUUGGGAAAAGGU